AUGCGAUUUUUUCAACAAUUUUGGUUGAUGACUCAGAAGAAUUUCAUUGUGAUGCGCAAGAGUCCCGUUUGGACAUUUUUCGAGCUCUUGUUGCCUGUCGCCUUUGCCGCACUUGUAUCACAUUUAGUGUAUAAGGAUCACGAGUUUGAUGUAGAGAGUCAUUUGAAUGAAACGAUUUCCCCAAGCAAUGUGUCUUUGAUUCGAGAAAAGUUCAAGCCAUUUGGGAGCCCGCCAUUUUACAGUGUAAACCCGGGAAUCAACGUGACUGAGGUAAACGAAUUGAUGGAGAAACUUUGCGAUCAGCGAUGCCCUUUAUACAUUGAUACAAAAGAGAAAUUAAUGAAAGAAUUAGAAUAUCAAUCGGCGAUCGGUCUCCUUUUCACCGAACUCGAUCGCAUCAAUAAACGCCUUACCUACGAAUAUCAUGUGCCCGAGUUUAAAGGUUUUGGCACCUACAUGACAAUCCCAUUGCAGCACUCGUUAAACUCAGCUUUUCUAAAGUCGCUUAACCUGUCCGCUUUGCCAGAUGUGCAAGUGCAAGAGUUCGCUUUGAACAAAGAUCAAAUGUUGAUAUGGCUGGCAAUUUUUCCCAUUUAUCAUUAUUUUUAUUUCAUUCUUCUUUUGCCGACUUUAAUGCACACGGGAAGAGAGAUUGCUGUUGAGAAGGAAAGAGGGAUCAAGGAUUUUCUUGAUGUGAUGGGCUUAAAAACUUUCAACUUUAUCGCUUCACAUAUUUUUCUCGGUUGGUUAAAAGGAUCGCUGAUCAUCACAAUCGCUUCGAUUUGGCCAGCUUUCCGGAUAACGGGCUUUUUCGGUUCAAAAUUCGACAUUAAUUUCUUGAUUUUCGUCAUCCCUCUCUACUUUUAUGUGCUAGCUGGGAUGAUCUUUGCUGCUCUUAUAGCAAGUAUCUUUAAAAACUCAAAUAGUACAAUAAAAGCAAUUGCUAUUUUACAUCCACUUCUCGUUUUCCUCACAUUUUGGAGUCACUCAAAUGCUCCAAUCACUUCACCCAUACAAGCCGCCAUCGCUUCUUUAAACUAUAACACAGCGUUCGCGAAUGUUUUAGUUGUUAUUGGCAAUUAUAUGAAAAGAAAUCGUUCCCUCUCGUAUUGUCAACUUUUCGAGCAAAACGAUCUCAUGUUAAAUAUUGGACCUUUAAUGGCACUUCUUUUACUCGAUAUUUUUCUUAUGGGCUUUUGUUUAUAUUUCGUUGAAGUCUACCAGAAAACGUCAACUUUACCCAUAAAAAGCACGCUGAAGCGCAUUUUUCAUUCAAAAAAUAAAGAUGAGAUUGAUUACGAGAGAAAUUUUCGCGAAGAGGUCACUCAUUUGCCGAAAGCACACGAGGAGUUGCCAAAAGCUGUAGAAAAUGAUGUUGUUGUGGAGAAAUUGUCAAAGCGAUGGAAUUCUUCAAGCGAUUACGCUGUUUACGAUAUGAAUCUCCAGGCUUGCAGGGGAGAGUUAACGGUCCUUCUUGGGCACAAUGGAGCUGGGAAAAGUACGACUUUUUCAAUGAUUUGUGGCAUCACUCAACCAACAUCUGGAACUGUUCAUAUUAACUCUGAGACAAUCGGCUUUUGCCCACAAGGGAAUGCGCUUUUCGAGAAAUUGACCGUAGCACAGCAUCUUUGGUUCUUUCAUCAAAUCAAGGGUGGGACGACUAAUUGGCGUGACGAGAUGAACGAGCUGCUUGGCGCAUUGGGAAUGAGUGACAAGGAGAAUGAGAACGUGAUGGCGCUUUCGGGCGGAAUGCAACGAAAGCUUUGUCUAGCGAUGGCGCUAAUUGGAGGAUCGAGGGUUGUUUUGCUAGAUGAGCCGACGGCCGGCAUCGAUGUUGGAGCUCGAAUGGAUGUGCAGAGAAUGCUGAGUGCACAGAAGAAAGAUAGAACAAUUCUUUUGACUACUCAUUAUAUGGACGAAGCGGAAACACUCGGUGAUCGAAUCGCCAUAAUGGUUAAGGGUCGUUGUGUCACCUCGGGAAGUCCACGGUUUCUCAAAGAAAGAUUUGACACUGGUUACAUCUUGACGUGUGUUUUGAAUGAUGACGUGGCGAACGAUCCAGAAGCAACAAAGGCAUUUCUUGAGAAAUUUCAAGAAUACGAGUUAGAAGCCAAGAUCCAUGAAAAUAAAGCAAUCCACGGGAGGCAGGUGGAAAUCAUCUUGCCAAUGGAGAUUCAUGAACGUUUCGAGCGGAUUUUCGGAUGGUUAGAAGGUCAGCCAGAAGUUUCGACGUUUGGUCUUUCAAUCAACAAUUUGGAGCACGUGUUUUUGAAAGUUGGCGAGAUGACUGAUAAGAGUAACAAUGCUGUAAGAAUGGAAGAGGACAAUGAAGAGAUGAUUAAUGCAAAAGUUGAGAAUUGCUUCUUGAACUUUCUCUUUCAACUCUUAGCUCUAUUGAAGAAGCGCUGGUAUUUCUCACUCCACAACUGGCAUCAAGCUAUUUUUCAACUCGUCCUUCCAGCCUUAAUAAUUGCUUUUUGCAUCUUUUUCACAACGGGAAAGAAAGAAGAAAGUUCAGCUGAUAUCGGACCAAUGCACACAAUUGAUUUCACCAGCGUCGAUCUGGCAAAGUUUUUCAUCGCUGGCUCGACCGUUGCUCCAUAUUUUUCACUCAUUGAUUCGGCAAAGAAAGCGAAAAACCUUCGGAUUAAGAAGAUCAGUGGGACGAGUUAUGUGACCGAUCUCGUUCACCAAUCCACCGAUUUACCGACGGCGUUUUUUGGAGUAAAACUCUCAAAUGCAUCGGCGCCUCUUUUCUUCUACGGUAGCCAGGAGGAGGUGUUAUCACAAAAUUGGGCACUCAUGGCAAUGUUUAAUGCUUUAGCAAAUGCACAUUUGAAUGACGGUGGAUCUGGUUCGAUUUCGAUGAAAUUCUCGAAUGUGAAAACAGUUGUGGCACCGCUUGAGGGAGAGGAUAACUAUUUGAUGAAUAGCAUCGUGAUGGGACUUCUUUCGGUGAUUGUUUUCUCGAUGCUCACCUCACCAUUCUCGAUUUUCUAUGUCGUCGAGCAAGUGUCCAAGUUUUGGCAUCAACAACGACUCACCGGCGUUUCCACAAGUCUCAUCCACUUUGCCUCAAUUCUCUUUGAUUAUUUAAUCUUCUUGUUGAUGAGUUUUUUGAUUUGUCUUGGUUUUUUCAUCAGUGGAUGGUCGAGUGAACAGUUGCACGUAAUCUGGCUGAUUCUCGCGUACUUUCUCGCAACAAUGGCCAAUAUUUAUCUCCUAUCCUCUUUCUUCAGCUCACCAUCAAAGGCAAAUGUCCUAAUAAUGAUCUAUCAAACGCUUGGCGCUUACGGAUCAUUGUUCAUCGUGACAACAUUGUACACUUUUGCCAAAGAUAUCUCCGAUCGUUUCUCCAUUCCUUUACAAAUCCUCUUCCCAUCAUUUGGCCUUUGUUGGGGGAUUUGGAGUUGUCGAAUCAUGUCAAAUCCGGAAAGUUUCAGCGCUGAUGCAAGCGCCGCUUCAACAGCUCUCGAAAACUAUCAUAAAACAAUCUUGAUUCUUAUCGUGUCUGGGAUCGUUCAAUUCCUUGUUGUUUUUGCCUACAGAUCUUCAUUGUUGCGAUAUUAUUGGAUGAGGCUUUGUUGCAAAUAUCCAAAACAUUAUGAGCCUGUAACAACCGACGAAGAUGAAGAAGAUGUGGAUGUAAGAGAAGAAAGGAAAUUGUUGAACCAAGGAAACCUUUCACUCAAGCCGAAAUUGAUUUUAGAAUUGAAUGAAUUAACGAAAAAGUAUGGCACAAAUGUGGCUGUAAACUCGUUGACAUUCGGUGUACGAGAAGGUGAAUGCUUUGGGCUACUCGGAGUGAAUGGCGCUGGAAAAACGACAACAUUCGGUUUGAUUACUGGCGAGAUUUUCGCAAACGGAGGACAUGUGCGCUUGAAUGGAGAAGAGAUUAAAGAGAUAAAGAAAAUGGGUUAUUGUCCUCAAUUUGAUGCUUUUAUGACCGAUUUGACUGGCCGAGAAGUGCUCUCGCUUCUUUCUGCACUUUAUGGUUAUAAAUAUCCGGACAGAAAAGCCAACUCGAUUUUGAAGGCUGUUUUAAUGGAGAAACAUGGUGAUAAACAACUGAAAAACUGCAGUGGCGGACAAAAGCGAAAGAUCAGCGUCGGAAUCGCUCUACUCGCCGAUAGUUCUUUGGUGAUUCUCGAUGAGCCAACUGCUGGAAUUGAUCCAAAAGCACAAAGAGAGAUAUGGUCGUUGAUUGGAAAGUUCAAGAAAAACAAGAACAGCGCUGUUCUUCUUUGCUCUCAUUCAAUGAAUGAAUGCGAGGCUCUUUGCAAUAAAGUUGGGAUUCUAGUGGGUGGAAAGCUGAAAGCUUUAGGCACAACACAACAACUCAAAACAAAAUAUGGGAACAGUUACGAGUUGACAUUGGUUUACCCAACUGGUGAGGAAACGCAAACGGAUUGCGGGCAAAGCAUGAGAGUCAGCGGGAUGAGUGGAAUGAGGAGCGGAAGCACGCAACGACUCGUCCCACCGCGAAUGGCAGAACUCUUAGCUUCCGAAGAAAAUAUUGAACUUCAAAUGAAAAGAGUUGAUGAAAGAAUGGUACAAGAACGGACGACCUAUCAUUUUCCUGGUGCUAAAAUCUACCGUGAAGGGAUUCACACAAAUGUUUACAGGUUUACGGUUCCAAGAGAUGAUCGAGAUCAAUGGUCAACUUUAUGGAGAAAGAGCGAACGGAUAGCUAAGGAAACGAACGCUGUCAACUUUUCGAUCGCUCAAAACACUCUUCUCCAAACAUUCCUCCGUGGCGGACAAAAGCGAAAGAUCAGCGUCGGAAUCGCUCUACUCGCCGAUAGUUCUUUGGUGAUUCUCGAUGAGCCAACUGCUGGAAUUGAUCCAAAAGCACAAAGAGAGAUAUGGUCGUUGAUUGGAAAUGAUCAUCCGCCAAUUUAUCGGGAAAAGCACGUCGAUCAUGAGUUCCCGAUUCUCUACCUCGAUCAACCGUCCACAAUCGCACCAUACCCCCAAGUGCAUCGAGGAACAAUUUCCAGCAAUGAAACCUUUUCACCGCAUCAAAAUCAUCGCUCAGAGCGAAGAAACACUUAUGACACAUAUGACAGAAUGAUGGCUCAUCCACCAUGUGCACUUUCAUUGGGAAAUCCACAUGAUAAUAGACCAUGGCUUGUGAGAAAUCGAAAGAAACUCCAAGUGACAGUUUGCAUUGUUUUGCUAUUCCUUGUCAUCGUCCCUCUCGUCGGUUUUCUCAUUCAUCUCGCUUUUCGCAAU